CAGAAGGAAAGAAAUGUUCAAUAUUGCGGCAACGAGCGGAUUCCGACGACCGAUCGAAGGAUUUCCGCAAUUAGUACGAAUCGAGUCGCACUUGGAUCGCCAUCGGGAUUUACGCUCCGCGAAAUACAAUAAACGGGCAAGUUUUCCAGCUCUGAGAUUUGAAAGCGCGAGGCGGGGGGCCGAGGUAGUUGCCGUACGCAGUGCGGCUAUAAUUUAAGAAGAAUUCGCGUAAUUUCGGACCAAGGAGGAAACUCGGGACUGUUUGACGUCUGAAAAUUAUGGAGAAAGCGGAAGGAAGGAACGACAAGUCGUUCCCGAUGGAAAAGGCGGAUGCCGGCCGAGUUUUAGGCUUUUCGGAUAAUUUGGAAGAUCCCGACGAGUCGAAGCGAUGCGCGCGCGGCACGUGCCUCGCCGUGCUCGAUCUCGUUAAUCAUGCGCUUAUCGUUGGUCUAACGGCGUACACCAUCUAUCGUUCGUGGGGUUCCAACGUGGUCAAUUUGCACACCAUCUUUUGCACGACUGGGUACGUCCUGCUGAUGUCGGAGGCCAUUCUCGUGUUUGCCGGUGACAGUGUUUUGACCAAGUUUCUUUCAAGGGGUGCCAAACGCCACCUUCACUGGAUCCUACAAAUUCUCGGCCUGAUCCUCAUCGUUUCCGGCGUGGUGCUCAUGUGUCGAGUGAAACCUGUGCAUUUCAAGUCCGUUCACGGGAUUCUGGGCAUCACUUCCACCGUUCUGGCCGUCUUCCUGUCCGUGGCCGGUUACCCCGUUUUCAUAGCGGCCAAACUUCGGAGUGCGAUAAAACCUGUCGCGAUUAAAUUCGCCCACAACUUCUUGGGUAUAUCGUGCUUCGCGAUCGGGAUGGCGGCUCAGUGUUACGGCUACACGUACAUAUUCAAGUCCGACCUCAAAUUCCUUUUUAUAACCAUCGUGGUUGCGAUCAUCGCUCUCUCUAUAAGAAGGGCAGUUCCGUCUCUGUUCCGACAAUUCGUAGGCUUGUUCAAAUAAAUUAAUCUCUAUCUAUCCAUCUAUCUAUCCAUCUGUCUGUCUAUCUAUCCAUCUAUCUAUCCAUCUAUCUCUCUCUCUCUAGAACAUAACAGGAAACGUAGGAUCCAGACGAGAAAGAGAUUCGAUCGGAAUAAAAAUGAGAAUUUCUCCCAUCUCCUUUUCUAUCUUUAUUCUUCAUCGUAUCUUUCAACGAGCGAAAUCGGUCUAGACGCAUAAAUUACGUAAUAUCAUAAUUCGAUCCUUAAAACGAUACGGUGUGCAAAACAUUGUCGCACAUGCGCCAAUGUUGCACAGGGGAAUCCGAUCAACGCCCAUUGGAAAAUACAUAUUCCAUUAACGAAUGACACGAUACGAACGCGUGAUCAAAGUUCAAUUAUAUAAAGUCAUUACGUUCUCUCUAUGUUUCGACCAACGCGUUUGUUGCUUAUCCAUCUCGUCGUGUCCACGUUUACGCCACCAUUAUUAUAUAUAUACACCGUUUCCGUUUCCACCAGCAAGAAGGGUUGACGUCCAAUUAUAUAUAUCGUUCUUUCAUUGAAUUAUAUAUAUAUAUAUCGAAGUCGUUUUUUUCACGUCGAGGCGAGUAGAUUAUUCAUCGAACCGCGUGCUCACGAUUGUUAUCUGUCAAUUGACGAUAAACGAAAUCCGAUCAGGGAAGCUCGAUUAACGCGCAUCGAAAAGGUUGGGAAAAAAGAUUGGAAAAUUAACGUAACGUUGUUUAAAAAAAAAAAAAAAAAUAUAUACUCUUUUCAUCCAGCGUCACUAUUAACCCGUUCGUUGACACGUAUAACGAAUCGGAGGAAAGCAUCGUUCCAGAAAUUUUCAGCGUUUCGAGAAGCGUUCGAUCGUUCGAAUAUAUGUAUACGUGUCGUGUGAUACGUGAUUCAUGCGUUGGUAUUAGACGAUCACGAGAAAACGUCUAACGAAUAUUUAUUCGCGAGUGGAGUCUGUUUACCAUAUUGAAAGGUGUAGACGAAGCUUUCUCGAGGACGCAAUACACGGUUCGCCGGUGUACAUACGAUGAUGCAAACACGCACGCACAUUCGAUGCACAUUGAUUCGUAUGUGCGCGCAAAUACGGACGACGACGUUUGCGCUCGCAGAGUCAAACGUGAGCGCAUUAAUUAAGAGACGAUACUACGACCCUUCUUCGUUAUUCUUGAUGAGUGAUCUAAUUUUUUUUCACGAGGAGGGAAAAAAAUAGGAGGGGAUGGAAAAAGAAAAAAGAAGGAAGAAAGAGUUUUGAUAAAACGCGAUCGAGAGAACGCUAAUUUAAAUUCGAAGGGAAAUGUUUGUUCACCUCGUCGAAUCGGUCUGAUUUAAUCUUAUAGGACGAAUAUAUCGAAAGCACUUAUCAAUUCUGUUUUUUUUUUCUUUUUAAAUCGUCAUUUCGAUAAUCUUUCUCGUCGAAUCAUAUACACGUUUCGAUACGAUGUUCUUUCACGAUUAUUUUUCGAAGAAUCGAGUAUCCCGUUCGUUAGAAAACAUUUAUAUUCCCAACGUGAAAUAUUCGAACAGUUUAUUCGAAGUAAUUUUCAUUGUGCGUUUCGUUUUAUUCCAAAAAAAAAAAUUCGUAUUAUUUUCUCAAUUUUUCGCGACGCGUGUUUCGAUAUUAAUUGAUCACAGAGAUGGAUAUAAAUUAUUAUUCUGAUUAUCAAAUUUACGAGAUAAAUUUGCUAUGAGAGAGAGAAAGAAAGAAAGAGAGAGAGAUAAUGACAGAGGAAGAGGGAGAGAGAGAGAGAGAGAGAAAUAAACAAUUAAAUAGAUAAAUAAAAGAGGAAAAAAAAGAUGAAAUAAAUAAAAAAAAAGUAUAUGGACUUAUUCGAGGGAAUUAUUAAUCGUUACAGUUCGUUAUCGUUAUUAUUUACGCUCGUCGAUUGAUUCGAAUUACCUCGUUAAACCGUGAAAUUAUUCGGCCGUCAUCUCUAUAUUAAUUCGUUAGACGCUAAAUAAACGACACGACGUCGUUUCCCCCCUCCCCCCAACGAUAUUCUUCGGCCUGAAAAAGAAUGGCCGACUCGAAAAAUAUUGCCGAAAUGAAAUAGAGAUUCCAUUUUGGAGCCGAGGGUGUAUAACGAGCGAGUACAACGCACCUGUAGCCCCUUCCACAACCGUGAAUGCUGAAAAAUAUGUAAAAAUUUAAUUAGAAUUACUACAUAUCGGGCAGCAAGGGAAAAUGGAACGUUGGAAACUUUAGAAAUCCAGGGUGAAAACAUCGCCACGGUCCAGAUACAGCUUGGCAGCGCAAAACUUAUAUUAUAAAUAUUAACAUUAUAUUCAAAAGCAAUCGGGGGAAAGACGUGUACGUACACGCAUGUAGUUUAAACACCCUCCCUCCCUCCCCUCCUUCCCUCGUUUAACCGGAGUUCACCUAUUGUAUGAAUAAUUCACGUUUCAUCGUCAACUUAUAACGCAUUAAAUAUUCACGGGGCGUGCGUUAAAUUCGAACAGACGUUUGAAUUUUUCAUAUCAAGAGCAGCGAGCCGUUCCGGUCAUUCCGCGAGCGCGACAGGCCUCCUCCUUCUUCGCGGCUUUUCGAAUCUCGCCCCGCGAACGUCGAGAGGCCUAAAAAUCGUUGGAACGGGGAAUAAUAAUAAAAAAAAGAGGGGAAGAGGGAACGAGUAACCGGGACCGAAAAAAAGAAGAAAGGAGGGGAGGAAAAAAAUCAACGAGCGUAACGCGAGCAAAAGUUCGGCGGGAGGAGAAUUGUGCAAAAAGUUGGGUGAAAAACUAUUUUAAACGCGUGACCAGUGAAACGGCGAGCUCGGGUGAAUUAAUCACGAAUUAAUGAAAAAGAGGGAAGUUACGGUAUCUACGGUGGUGAUCCCGCGGAACGGAAUCAUUUCUCCGUUGAAAAAUAGAGUUAAAACAAAAACGAUUGGAAGGGAAAAGGAAAAAAAAAAAAAAGAAAAACGAAAACAAUUCGACGUGCUUUUUACGCGCAAAUUUGAAUAGUGAGAGCGCAGUUACCAUUAUUACAGACGUUUCGCCAUUACUUCCCCCUCCUCACGCCUGGAUCCUCCUCUUCCCCUUGAUCCAUAGUUUCGCUCUCUUCUCGCCACCCACUCUACGUGCUCUUAAAAAAAAAAAAAAAAUAGGAAAAAG